CUUAUUAAAUAGAUAAAAUGGGUGUCCCAUUCGCUGACAUCCAGCCAGCGGAAAGAGAGCGGUAUAAGGCUAUUUUCACUCGACUGGAUCCGAAAAACGGUUAUCUACCCGGAGCUGAGCUUCGCAAGACGCUGCAAAAAUCUAAUUUGAAAGAUUCCGAACUUGGAAGGCUAUGGGAGUUGAGUGAUAUAGACAAAGACGGCUCUCUGGAUAUCGAAGAAUUCAUAGUGAUGAUGCAUUUGAUCAAACAUGUCAAAGCUGGUGGUGAGAUUCCAUUGCAGCUGCCCUCUAACAUCAUCCCACGCAGAAUAACAGAGAUAGCUCGCAGUGGUUCAUCUUCGUCUUUUACAAGUGAUCGCAAAGUAUCCGUUCCCGACUCACCUAGCUCAUGGGUGGUAGACAAUAGAACCCUUGAGACGUCCCGAGCUAACUUUAUGAAAUUGAAUCCUGGUCCAGACGGACGAGUUCCGGGAUCACUUCUGGCGCAAUACUUUUUCUCUAUCUGCCCUAAUCAAAAUGCUCUUAAGACUGUAUGGGAUCUAUCUGAUACUGGAAACCAAGGCUCACUAUCCGCUGAAGAGUUUGCAUUAGCUGAGUUUUUGAUUGAAAAUAAAGUGAAGAAAAACACCCCUCUACCGGAAAAGCUUUCGCCCAAUAUGAUACCUCCGUCCUGUAGACAAAUAACACCACCGGCUCUACCUCCUCGUGGUGUUCCGGGAAGCAGUGCCGUCGGAACCCCAACCCAACCGGCACUUCCUCCGAGGACCGACGCAGGACCCUCUCCCGAACUGGUGCAAUACCUCAACAAUCCAGUGCUCGCUCCACUGGCACAGGACCUUAUUAACCUUGAAAAGGAAAAAUCUGACCAGACCAGGUCUUUGGAGGAUAAAAAAAUGAAGUACUCGCAAUUAAAUGUGAACAACGAAAGGACGAACUUAGAACUGCGACAAUUAACACUGUCUGUUCGGGUAUCAGAGGAAGAAGCGACCCAAGCUGGAGCGAAGCUAGAUCAGCUGGAGAUGGAAAUCAGGAGGUUCGAGGACAAGAUAUCCCAGGUGCAGGCAGAGUGCAUGAAACAGGCUAAGGAGAUAGAGGAUCUGGGAAAGAACAUCCGACAGAACGGAGAGGAUGUACAGAAAAAGCAGGAAGAACUUAAGAAAGCGGAGGCAGAAUUGAGUCAGUUGUUGAACGAGGAGCGAAUGUUAGAACAGCAGUUGAAGGAUUCUAAGGAGCAACUCAAUUCGGACCUCAACUCACAGCAGCUCAAACUCAUGGAGGAACUGAACCAGUGUAAAUCGAAGCUGGCCACUUUAGGAAUUCCGUACGAGAGCAAGAUCUCUUUAACAAACGGAACCAGUGAAUUCGACGACCCCUUCGCCAAUCAAGAUCCAUUUUCUCAACCAGAUGCAGAUUUUAAGGAUCCUUUUGCCGCCAAUGAUGACCCUUUUAAGUCUUCACUAGACUUCGGAUCAGGAUUCAGUAGCAGCAGCCAGAAGUCAGCUCCUAGCCGCCCACCUCCUCCGUCCAGGCCUCCGCCACCGUCUUCUGCAUCCAAAUCCAAUACAGUUUCAUCUGCUGUAAUCUCGGAUCCGUUUGGCGCUCCUUCAACUUUCACCAGCACUGAAACUGCAUCUGUAGCCAGCAAUGAUCCAUUUGGUACUAACUUCGCAGCUGAUUUCUCAUCUAAUAGCCAAGCACAAUUCGACUCAACUUUAACCUCUAAAGACCCCUUUGGAACUCCGAAUACAUUCGCAACCACUUCGGCCGAUAAUGCCUCUUCCUUUCAAUCAGCGGGAAGCAAAGAUCCAUUCUCAAAUGAUCCAUUUGGAGCACCUCCCGCGGUUACCGCGGACCCUUUUGGCUUAUCUUCGGGAACAUCUGAUCCUUUUGCUGCAACAUCAGAUCCCUUUGCAACGCCUGCAAUCUCAAAUGUAGCGCCAGCAAGUUCCGUGUUUUCGUCUGAUCCAUUUGGAGCUCCAGCUUUUCCAACAUCCGGACCUAGUAGUUAUGCAGAGUUGUCUGCCGAAAAGUCCAGCAGUGAUGCAUUUGGGUUUGAAACUACAGAAAAUUUUGGAGCGGCUUCAUCAGAACCUUCGAUCCGGAUUGCUCAGAAUGGAACGCAGCUCGAAGCAAACGCAUCGACAAGUAACCAAGAUGUAUACGACGAACUAACUGAAUAUGCAGCUGUAUCAAGUGAAUCUACAACUGUUACAGAUGGUCCUAAAAGUCUAGACUGGUUUCUAGUCGGAUCUCCCAAAGAGAAAGCGAACUCUUCUAUGAACACUUUUGGCACAAGUGAACACAAUUUGAACAUGGGCUCAAAGUCUGUCGAAGCAUUGACUAACCAAAAUUUUUGGGAUCCCAGUUCUGUGUCCUCUAAUCCGGUUGCAACAGUGACCGAUCCAUUUGUCAGUGAGACUGCUAAAGAUCUCUUCUCAAUUCAAACUAAUUCUUCUACCUCUAACAUUGUUGACGGGAACGCUAACAAACACGAAAGUAAUGAAGAGCUCAAAUCACACUCAGCUUCAAAUUCUUGUGACGAUGCAAAUAGUGAAGCGCUGGAUGAUGACUCGAUAGGAUCUGUCGCUCCCCCUGAGAUCCAGAUCACUUCAGUUCCGACAGUUGACCAAACAGCCUCGGAUUACGAGCCCGAGGAGUUUGAUCCCGCAACUGCAACCCCAAAAGCCGACUCUGAUUCUCCGCCGGAACCGGCAACACCCACUGAAGAAGGGCGUAAUAUAGAAAUUGUGCAGUCAUUUUAUGAAGCAUGUUCGUUUUCUGAAGCUGCGAAGACUGCUGAAAGACCAGAAAACAAUCAAGACUACGAAACUGAGGCUAAACCAGCUUUAGAUAGUUCAUCUGUAGUUCACGAUUCAGCAAAUGAUUCGUUCACAAACGAAAGCGGAAAGUCGGAAGCUUACCCAUCUAUAGGAGACAGUUUUGUAAUGGUCAACCCAGGUGAUGUAACACAUAGUUCACCGAACGCAAAUGAGAAUACCGCUAUUAGUGAGGAGACAAGUAAAUCGGAGGAGCCUGGAACAUCUUCUAUAAGGCCAAGCAUCGAAUUAGAUGAAUCUAGCACAGAGUAUGAGUACCAGGUGUCACUCUCCAAUGAACAGCAAAUAGAUGACCCAUUCACAUCGUCGGCUGUAAAGCAUUUUGAAGCGGAAGAGGGAUUUAAAAUGAGCGAUCCAAUCAGCGAAGAAUUGCAAAAUGGCAGCUUAAAUCCAGUUGAAGGCGAAUCCAGCUUGCCAAAGUCAUCAUUUAACGAAGACCAGAUUAAACUAGGCACUAAUGAAGUGUUUAAUUCUGCCUUGGGAUCCCAAUCCGCGGAGGAUCCUGACUUUAACAUUCCAUUUUCAUCGGACAUUCAAUCGAACGACGGCGUCUCAGAACCGGCGGAUGUUGCAAUCGUUAAGUCUGAUGACGCAGACCCCUUUGGCGCCCAAGAGUUUGAACCCUCAAAGAUGACUCAAUCGUUAUCCCCUUGUGAUGAUGGCUUCGGUGAUGCGUUUGGAGGAACCAAUGACAUCGGCAACUUGAACUCAACAACGCCUCCCGAUGGUGGUUUUCCCAGCUCGGCGGAUUUUGACUAUCAGUUUGGAAGCUAACAACUUGAGAAUUUAUUUAGUACUAUAUAUGCUGCACGUAAUUGAAGAUUAGGUAACAUAGCCCUGUAUCCACUGCUAAACCACAAAACUGCAUUGAUUGAAUCCUAAUUUAGAACUAGAUAUCCGAAGCCUUAAAAGCAAAAUGUUACCGUCGUUAUAAAAAAAUAUAUAGAUAUGUAUACCUUAUAAAAUAUUACACCCCACGAUUGUGCGUAUACUUUAGAGCUAGUAGGAGAUUGUUGUUUUUGUUAAAAAUAGGUAUGUUACUAGUUUCAAUUUUGGUCUGAAUCAUUUAGAUCUGAUGUAUACUUCAAAAUACUGAUAAUUCACUAAUAAUGCCAAUAAACUGUUAUACUACUUCUAAUUGACCAAUUCAAAUGGUCUAGAAUGCGAAAAUGCGACCCAUAACCUAUGACUUUUGAUGAAUCUUGGCAGUGAUUGUAUAAGUUAUAAUCCAACAAUUAUUUACCUUAACAGUAAGUGAAGCUAAUUAAGAACAAUAGUGUUCAUAUGACACAAGUAUGGAAAUUUAGAAAUUUGUAUUUAUAAUUCACAUUUUAUUUGAGCGAAAUUUUCACCUUCAAAUAAUUUAAUCUUUCUUCGCA